AUGUACCUACGCGGACGCAGCAUUCCCCAAGCACCACCCCCAAUGCCAUUGCUAAAUAUUGCUCGUAUUGUCUGCGAGAACACUACAGAACGGGUACGCUCCUAAACCGUGCAGCUCCUACAAAAUCUCGUUUUGGUACUGAACCCUGUCCGUAAAACCGUCCGACAUUAAGAUUUGAUUGAAGCAUAGUCACUUAAAUUUUCCGCAUAAACCUUCCACGUUUCCUUUUUCUAAGCCUCUAUACCGUACACUGUCACACAGCGGAUAUAUUAGAUAAGGAUGCUUUAGAAUGUGUAUUUUAUGGGGUGUAAAGUCGACUGGACUGCUUCAGUCCAAGGAAAAUGGAUAGGGCGAACAUGCCGUCGAGAUUAUCAUUUCCGAGGUUGAUAGCCAAAUACACAUGUCUAUCAUGUAAGCAUUUAUUUAGGCUAAGGGAUGGAUGCUAUAUGUUGCUCUUACCACAAUGUUGCGUGCAUCCUUAGAAUGUACUAAGACGCAUAACAAAUGUCCUCAUGCGGACUUCUUCUUUGAAGGCUCUGGACGGCUUCAUUUUCAUUGUAUCGCCGGAAGGCAAACUCCUCUACAUCUCCGAGACGGCUUCGGUGAUCCUUGGCCUCUCACAGGUAUCCUAGUCGCUUCUGCGUGUUACCAGCUGCCUGUAUGUAUGUGUCCCCGACUAACAACUCCUUCAUCCUCCACCCAAAAGGUUGAAAUGACCGGCAACGAUCUGGCUGAAUACCUGCACCCGCUGGAUGUGGAGGAUAUGCGCCAGGUCCUGACACUCCAUCCAGCUGAACUACCGCCACCAAACGUAAUUGGACAUGGUAAGUGCCCACCACGCGCUCUUUGCCGCUUGUAAGUUUUCCCCUGAGCAUGCAACCCAAUUUACGGCAAUACUGGGCGUCCUAGACGAAGAUCUGCAAGGAAUGGGCCUCUGGCCAAAAAGAAAACUCCUAUCUGCUUCACCUUUUCGCAGAACAGUGUUCACACUCCUUCCUACUGUCCUUGCAAAUUAAUGCGCUAACUUGGGGUAGAUCAGUCGUAAUGAGGCUUUCUAGGCUGAAGCCGAAAUCCAUCUGCUUCAGCGGGCUAUCCCCAGCAGGUAGUUUAUGGCGCGCACACGCCAGUACUUUGGGGCUCAGACUCGUGGACAAGCUGGUGAAAUCUAAGACUGCGGAGACCAGAAUGACCAUUUCUGGCCAAUUAUCGGUCAGUAGCUAGUCAUACCCAACCCCUGGUGUGGACCACCUAAGAUUCGAACCCGCGAUCUUUGAAUGUGACACCACCAUUGAGCCACGGGCCCUGUGUCCUGUCAUUUGUGAUUUUGUAUAUUGAUUAUGGUAGACAGGUGCUCACCGAUCAGGUUAUGGAACAUGGUCGUUGCGCACAACGGAUCAAGUACGUCCCGUAACCUGAUGGGUGAGUGCCCAUCUACGAUAAAUGCAUAAAAAUAUAUGCUGGAAUUUUGUUCACCGAUCGGGCUACGGAACAUAUUUGUCCUUCAGACUCAGUCUAGAGCCCAAUAAGAUAGUCGCGUAAAGGCCAUGUCUAUGUGUUGAUGACGGCUAAUAAGCCAGAAAUGGUUAUCCCAGUCAACCUUAACUCUGUCGGUGCCCAUUUAAACGUAUAUAAAUAUAUAUUUAUAAUGGUAGAGGGGCGCUCACUGAUCGUUACUACGGAACUCACUCGUCCCGUUGUGUCUUACGGGCUCUCUCUCGAGCCCAACCAGCAGCCGCACAGCGGCGCAUGAUAUAGGUAGGAUGGCAUUACCGACAAAGACCAGGGAGACUGGAAUGACCAUUUCUGGCUUAUUAGCCGUCGUCAGUCAGCCAUACCCAAGCCCGAAGUGUGGAACAGCUGGGGCGCGAUCCCCGCGACCUGCUAGUUAGAAGUCCAGCGCCCAUAACCACUGAGCCACGGGCUCCUUGUCUUGUCGGUUGCGAUUGGGAAUAUACAAUGGUAGAGGGACGCUCACCGAUAUUUCCUACGGAACUCACUCGUCCCGUUGUUUCUUACGGGCUCUCUCUCUCUCGAGCUCAACCAGCAGCCGCACAGUGGUGCAUGAUAUAGGCAGAAUGGCAUUACCGACAAAGACAAGGGAGACUGGAAUAGUCAUUAAUGGCUCACUAGUCAUCAUGGGUCAAUCAUACCAAACCACAGGUUUGUAACCCUUGGGACUCGAUCCUGCGUUCUGUUAGUUAGUUAGAAGCCAAAAGCUCUACCUCUUGAGUCAUGCGCUCGUUGUCCUGUCAGUUGCGAUUGAAAACAGUAGCUGCCACUGGAAAUUUGUUCAGCGCUCAUGUACUCCUUUUACAUCAAUGCGACUGCCUGUGGGAUUCUAAAAUGGAAUUUCAGCGCAAAAUAGAAUGAGCAUGUUUCGUGCUGUAAUCUGAUUGGCGAAUCGUUUAUCCCCGCUACUACAUACAUAUCCUCGAAUGAGAUGUGAUUACACCAGUAGUGCCUUGCUAUUUCGUCUUCCCAUCAGGACUAGGCGCUGAUACUGGCAAGACCAUAUCUCUUCUACGAUAAAUGAACGCUCGUUAAAAUGACUGUGUGCUGACCCGGGGUCACAAGAAUUCUUUAGCCUUUCAUGGGUAGAACCGAGUCUUAUCAAGAGGAUGGUAGUGAUGGUAGCGGACAUCAGAAGAGAAAGCUUUAGCGAGUCAGCAACUCAUCAGACGCUGAAGUUCUUACCUGUAGCGGACAGCCACAGUGGCUACGUCGCGCCUCUCGCUAGCGCCUGCACCUGCGUCCUAGCGGCAGCCUGCUACGGCACGCACGUUUGCCCGGCUUCGAUUUGUCUCGUUGCAAUUCACUGGCUGCACCACGCAUCUGGUCGAUACUCUGCCUGCACCAUGCGAGGCUUCUCAUUACCCUAGCGUGGGCUCGGAACCAAUCAACGUACCUACUAUCGCUAAUUGGUAAGACAGGCGUAAACAGCCCAGAACUCUAGCGUAAACAAUCUGUCACGACACUUUUUCAGCAACGACCUUCGGCGACACACGGCUCUUCGCUCUCGCGGACGCCGCCUCAGCGGCGCCGGACGCAUACUCGUCCGGUUGCCACCUUCCCUUCAUUGUUCUGUACAGAACAAGUAAAUCAUUUUCCUCUUCAACUGGCGUCCUGCUUCUAACAACUUGGGAUAUGGCCUGAAGUUGCGGCGUACUGAGCGUACACCAUCACCGCUUAGCCGAUACAUACCUAAAAGCAGAUUGUUAAAAGACGGCGAUAAUCUUAUUCGUCAUCCAGCCGCAUACUAGUCUGAGGGUUUUAUUUCUACCAGUAGUUUGAAGUGUAUAACGCGAGGCCAACCAACAGACAGCUCUCCCCCCCCCUCGGGGUCAAUCCCGGUAAACCGAAGGGGGGGGGGGAGGCUGCGGCUAGGUUAGACUGAUGAUGUCAAGACCGACCCACCCUCCAGCCCCCCUCUCCCAACACGUUCCUCUGCGAAGGAGGACCAAACGGAUAUAAAAUCUGUCAUUUUGAACCAUGUUCAACUGCAGAGGCCGUCGCGUGGGCAAAUCAUGUCACUCUGGCUGUCGCCUCUACCUUACACGUCUGCGGCCCUUUAAUCGGCGCCAGUUAGAGGGCCGCGGCAAGAGAAACAUGCACUGAUUGCGUGUUUUAUGAUGUGUUCUUUAGAAUUCACCGUCAGACGUCGAUUCUUCAUUCGGAUGCGGUGUGUGCUAGCGAAGAGGAAUGCCGGGCUGACCACUGCGGGCUUCAAGGUUAGUGAGCGACGCCGACACCCCUACUUCCCCUCCCAGCUCCCCCCUCCCCCCAAAUUUGAGAGACUUGGUGCAAUGUCUCACACCCGCCAAGGGGAUCGGGUGGUGCCAGUCCUUACGAGACUUCCACCACGCAAGCUUCCACUACCGAUCGUUAACUGUCAGUAUUUAGAAACAACUAGUUCGCCAGAUUUCCAAAAAAUACUUCAAUAGGUGAAACAGAUCACCAGCAUACGCAAAGCAUGAACGUAUAGAUAACGUGUAUUUUGCGAAAGACAGGAGUUAGUGACGUCGAGAGAUGUCGUGAUGGAGUCUUACCUGCCCCCUUCUUCGUGAAUAACACGAAUAAAUAACGAGACAAACACAGGUGAUCCUAAUAAAUCUGGAUAAUCAAUGUGAAAUACUGCAAUACUGUAGUAUAAAAUGCAUCAUUUAGCAAUUACUUUAGUGCUGAAGAAGCGACUAGUUUGCGCCUGUCGAGGAACAGGAAAAUGUGAGAUAUAGGUCAAUGAAUUACACUGGGGAGGUCCGAUUUUAACUAUGACCGGAUUGCCUCACAAGUCUACCUCAAUCCUCCAACCGCGGUUUGAUUGAAUUCGAAUUAAGAAUCCCGUGGUUAGCUUGAGGUCAACGGAAUAUGCACCGCCUGGUAAAUACUUCACAAUGGAGGAAUCGGAAAAUUUUCAAACAUAGAAGCCAUUUAGGUGUGUGAUCAACUGACUUGAGUGUUAGGUGCCGCUUCGUUUGCUCAAUAUGACAGUUCAGCCAUCGCGGACGAAGGCAUCGAAAAUCAAUGGAAAAAUGCAUGCUACUUAAGUAGACAUUUUUUGGAUGCAACCGGAAAGACGAAAGGUUAACUGAAUUAUUAGGGAAUUUUGCUGCAUAAUGACUAGUUUUACAACCCUACUUAAUUAAUAUUUUCGAAACGGAAACGAAUUUCGGAAUUUCUGUUGAGAUUUCAUGAGUUAGCCCACCUACUGUACCUCAACAGUUGGCAGUCCUCCAUAUCAUGACUCUUACCGCACCGUGAUGGAUUCAAACGCCUCCGAUUUAUAAUAGUAAGGGAUGCGCUGAUUUGUCCCCAGCAUCUUUAUUCCUCUCCCUUCCCUCCCCUCUGCACCACUCCGGUACCCGAGUCUGUUAGCCAUCUGGUGCUGCGAUUUGGGUCCUAGGCGUGCCACAAACUUCGCCUCCCCGCCGCGUGCAUUAGUCGUUACGGGCUACCUCGGACUCUGCACAGCCCCAUUAACUCCCAGCGUGAGCCAAUAUGGCUCGCGUCCGGGUCCAGCGUGGCCCACCGUGGGGGCGCUUCGCGCGAUAGACAGCUAAACCGUACAAUGGCGCCGAAUGGUCUUGGUCGCAUCAGGAGGAGACACUGCGUGAGAUGGCUGAAAAUGAUCUAAAUUAACGCAUAUUGUUAUCAGAUAGCAUAGAUGAGAGUAAAUUAAAUCACAUUUUCAUUCGAUCUGACCGCCUCAGUGGGAUCAGUAAGAGCACGGCUUGAGUACGGCCAACACUUUAACCACCUCACCGGCGGCUGUGGGUUGAAUCACAUUUGGGUCAAAUUAUUCUCCAAGCCCACUGCAACGUAUGGAAUCCACCAAUUCGGAUACAGUAAGCUCACUGCCCAAGCAGGAUUUCCUUGGCAAUAAAUCUAGAAUCCAUCAGGCGACAUUUUUGAAUGAUUUUUUCGACUGCAAGAGUAUGGUUUGAGUGCACGGCUUUAUUACAGUCGUGUCUACUAGAUUUCAGUAGGGCAUCAUUGCCUUCGAUUGUACUCUUUCGACAGCCUUUCUAUAUAUGCCUGUUCACUACUGCCCAAAAGAUGCUAUAUGCAGGCUGUUUCAACCAUUAAUGCGCAUUCCCGAGUCGCUGAAAAGCCGCCUUUAUAAGAAUGUAUGUCAGGUUCAAAGCAGACUCGAAUCUAUGGAGAUCGUUUCUUGUCAACGCCGUUUUCAAAUUACUGUCUGUUCUGCCUCGAGCACAGUUGAUUUGGCAAAUUAGUGGGAUGACAAACAGCAAAAAAGUUUUUUGAGUGCAUCUUUGUUCAACGGCUACUCCCAGUUCAGCGAAUGCACCCGAUUGUGCAGCCUAGGCUGUAACUUUCAAGUAUUUCCAUAAAAAGCUUAAAGGAGGGAGGUCUGGUAAACGAGGAGGAUACUUUGAAAAAUUCUUUCGCCUAUAUCGCCUGUUUCGCAUGAUUUAAUAAACGCAGAAUUUCGCAUCACCAUCUUUGGAGACCCCUCUACUGCUAUUAAGGGGUGCAUAGUUUUUAGAUACUCAGUAUAGGCAUAGAACAAGUUAUAUUCUACAGUAAUUCCUCUCUAUGUCGCGCGUCGACUUUCGCGGCCUCUAUCGCAGAUUUUAUAUGCAAGCAUAUCUAAGUAUGUACCACAGAUUUUUCGCCGAUUCACGCAUUUCUGCGGACAAUGGGGCUUUUUAUUUUUGGUACGCGCUUCCUCGGUUUGCCCCGGUGAUUUCAUACACGGGACGCUAUUGACUGAUGACGGGGAAGCUAUUGAAUCAAAGCACGCGGCGAAGUAUCCUGGGCGCUGAUUGGCUCAGUGAAGGGAAACGCUACUAACUCCGCUUUGUGUUACCGCAGCUCAGGCCAUGCCUUGAUGGCCGAUUAAAUUGCAUUGUAUAAACUUCGGUAGGGUUGUAACAUUAAUGAUUUUGCAUCAAAAUCCCAAGAUACUUCGGUCGUUUCAGGAUGCGGGCCUUUGAAUGAGCUUCGUUUCGGCCGUCUGCAGAAAAACUAUUCUGCAAAAAAUGACUACUUAGUGUGUAUGAAUUUUGCUCAGGCAGGCAAAUAGAGGGCGUAACAAUGGGCUUACUGCUUGGUCCGUUCCCCGCAAAUAUUCUCAUGGGAAAAGUCGAGAGGACAAGGCUACAAGAUACUAUAAAUAACCUUGACUUCUACAGUCGGUACGUGGACGAUAUUUUCUGCCUGAUGGAUCCUAGUACCGACACCGACGUCCCGGUCUAAAAGUAUGACAGCGCACACCCCUCGUUAAAGUGCUCUGAUGAAUGCUAGGCAAACAACGAAAUCGCAUUCCUCGAUGCCCUUCUUCACAGAAAAUAUCAUGGAUCUAUCCAGCAUAGUGUAUUCCGAAAGAAAACCGGGACGGGACAGUACAUUAUUUUCGCCGUUUUGUUUCCCUAAAUAUUUGGUCAAUUGGCAGCUACAGUGUGGCGUACCUGCUCUCCCGAGACUGUUGAAGCAGAACUCCAGCAGUUGCGGAAGGGAUAGCCAGAGAGAUUUCCCCUCCAAAAUAUGGGGGAUCGCAUUGCCUAGCCUACCAUAACAACUGCAGAAAAGACGGAUUUGUCUAUAGAACUACCUUUUCAAGGCGACACAGCAAGCGACCUAGUAAGACGACGUCUGAAGACAGCCAUCACUAGCGCUUUCCCGGCGGAGGAUUUGCGCGUAUGUUUUACAAACUCUCCCCACCUACGCUUGGAAAGUAAGGGUCGACUACCUUUGCAGGCCACAUUUACUUGCUCCGGUGGAGCGGAAUACGUUGGCCGUACAACGAGACGCCUAGAAAAGAGGGUAUGUGAACACAUUUCGGUCUGGCUAGGCAGAGGUGAAAAUAGAUCGAUUUCGAGUCCUAUUCUCGCACAUCUUGUCCAUACGAAUCACCCAGUCGAUGCCAAAGGAGCCUUUCAUGUUGUCUACCGGACACCAGUAAACUUCUCUAAAGGCCUACACCAACUGCAGCCGAGGCAGUGGUUAUAUGACUAACGAAUCCAGUACUAUGUAGGCAGCAGACGUCGACACAGGCGCCCAGCCUUCCGUGGCCAAAAUCGACCCCAAAUGAUUAUUACACGCCGUCCCAACCCCUGAUGACAGUGAUAUGUACUCCACGUACCUGACUUACGAACAUCACUCACAGCCUAUGUCACCCCCUCUUUGUCCAUUAUCAUAAAAUGUCGACCCGUCAUGCGGGUGGCGUUGGGGAUGAGGUGUUAAUAACCUCUGAGUCCCUUAUAAACCAUCUGAGCUUCUCAUUUUUACUUCCUAUGUAACUGUAUUGACCUGACGAGUUACCGAAAACACGUGUUUACCAAAUUGACUUUUCCAACAAAUGCCAGUAUAUGUUUUGUUCAAUAUUUGCUCACUUUAGAAGAGAGGAAUGCAAGAGUCUGACAUGCUUAUAUUCUUGUGACAUAGGUCCUGCACUGUAGUGGCCACCUCAAGGUCAGAUUGGUGUACACAGACGGAUUUCCUCACCUGCAGAAUAUGGGUCUAGUGGCUGCCGCGUACGCCCUACCCACGCCAAACACAAACACCACCGAAGUGCGCCUAUCCAGAGAUAUGUUCAUGUUUCGCGCCAGUCUCGACUUAAAGCUAAUUUUUCUUGAAGGAAGGUGAGUAUAAGUUUAUUUUCCUCAUGAUUAUUGCUAAUCCUUCUGGUCGAGGAGGCUGCUAAAAGUGCAACUAUUUUGGGAGCAACGAGUUUUCCAACUCUAAGAGUAUUAUCACCUUGCUGCUUCUGACGCUGCUCGUCUUGUUUUAGCUCCUGGUCCUCCUACCCUUACUACUACUACUACUACUACUACUACUACUACUACUACUACUACUACUACUACUACUACUACUACUACUACUACUACUACUACUACUACUACUACUACUACCACCACCACCACCACCACCACUACCAGUGUCACCAAUAA